GCGAAAAUGCUGAAAAAAGCGAAGAAGUCACGACGUAGUGGAACGAGCUCACAGACAACGGUACGUGCCGUUCAGAGCGAAGGAUCGCCGAGUUCGUCGGGUGUCCAUCCAUCCGCACAUCUUGGCGUCGAUAUCCAGUUGAGUCACGGCAAGAGCACUCCGGAUGAGUUGCAUUCAACUGUGAUUGAUGAUGACGAUGAGGAAGGUGAUGCUUUCCUCUGA